UGUUUGAAAUUACUAUCGGAAUUUCCCUUCCUCUGCCAAUCUUGAAAAGAACCCUGUUUUCUACAAAGCAUAAUUCCUUCAUAUAAAAAAAAUCGGAUAAGAGAUGUAUGUAUAAGGUCGGACAAACAAACACAAACAAAAUACGUCGUGAUAUUUUAGGUUUUAUGAAAUAUUCAAGUCUAACCUUGGUCACAUGUCUUGCACACUUUAGGGUACACAGUGACUUUGAGUGCCCUAUGCAACAGUCUGACUAAAGCCAGUCCCUACUAAUUCGCUUCGUCGUGACUUCUUCAACGAAGUGAAUUAUACACUGUACAUCAUGUACAUGUAGUAAAGACUACCAAUACAAUAUUUGGCUUGGGGGCCGAAAUUAUAGGGAGCCAGAAACACUAGUAACCGUCUAAUAUAAAAGAAUUGAAUUCCGGGAACGACUUAUCUAAACUUACCUCGUAAUAAAAUAUCGUAAUAUAAUACAGUAAAUUAUAUAAUAAUAAGUGUUUUUGAAAACUUAUAGGAGUUUUUUCUGUAGAUAUUUUUAUUAAUUUUUUUUGCAGAAUCGACAUGUGAGAUAUCAAAUUUUGUUUGAAAAAUAUUUUUGGGAAAGUGGUAGGAUCUAGCAGACGAGUUGCAAGGUGCGCGAAAAAUGGCGACAUCAAAACAGAAAGAAAAGUUGACCAAAGAGAAAUCUAAAAAGACAGUAUCUCCAGGGUCAGAUAGGACCCUCAGACAAAGGAAAAUCAAGAUUGAGACUGAGGAUGAGGAUAGCUCCUCUUAUAUGUCAUUGGACGUCCUGGCACAAGUAGCAUCUGCAACGCUAGAGAAGGAACCUGCAGGAAACAAACAGAAAUCACCAGUUAGACGGAUUACAAAGCGAAAUGUCCAGAAUUUGGAGCUGUUUAAUUUGGAGCAGAUCCAACUCUUAUCUGAAAGAUGCCUGGUCAACUUCUUCUCUGAGUUAACAUCCAAUGAAAUCACCAGAAAUUUUACAUUUACAUGUGCUCUUAUGCCAGACAAAUGCAUGAUCCAGUUUAAAAGUUUUGGUAAUGAAAAUCAAGCCAGACUGAGGAUGAAGAAACAUUUAAAUGCACACAUUCAGGAUUUGUUGAAAGAGCAGAAAGAUCCAAAGACCAAAAGUAAAUCUGAAUUUGUUGCUGAACCAGUGCAUGUGAAGGUGAAACGACUAAAAGAAAUUUCAGGACAGAAAAGGAAACCCACUCCAAAUAAGAACUAUGUUUACAACAGAACCUCAAAACCCAAAAGAAAGAGGUACUCAGAGCUUGACCAAGUACCUAUGGACCAAAUGGUUGAUGAAUCUGAUGUUCAAAUGGAAAGAGUAGAUUCUGAUGACAAGGAAAGCCUAAUUCAACAACAUUUGUCAGAAAGAAGCUUUAUGCUUCGAAAGUAUGCUCACAAACAAUCAACACGAAUACAGCAGAAGCUGCAGAAAAAAGGGGGGGCUACCAAAGAGAUCGUGACAGGAGGUGGUGAAGACAGUGACGUAGGUGAUGACACAGAGAAGAGAAUUGAGGAGAACGAGCAGUUCAUCGUGGAGUUGUUAAGCAGAACUUAUCCCCAUCACGAUCAUGGAUACACCACCAUAUUUGGCAAGAAAAAAGGAAUAGAGGCUCUUGAACAGAUAGAGUUUGAGAAUACUGAGGAGGAAGUGACUGAAACCACUGAUGACUACCCAUUGUAUGGGAAGACUGUCAUUCAUCCUGAUAGAAAGGCUGAGCCUAUCCUCUGUCUGGGAAACGUAUCUGUAAUGGAUGAAUUGUCGAGUAGUGGUACGAGUACUGAUGAAGCGUCUAAGACCAUCAUUGUGUGUGCUGAGGAGAUUAUUGAUGAAAACCCUGAGGAAGAGAUCAACUUGGUGGAAGGGACGGAGAAAGUGGGAGAUUCAGGAAAACGACCGUAUCCUCCAAUGCCAAGGUUUCCGGGUGCCUGGAAAGGAAGAAUAGCAGAUGAUGAGUUGUUCAAUGAUGAUGAAGAUUUCAGCAUGCUACGAAAGCGAAAGAAAAUGGACAAAGCAGGCUCUGCAGAGUGGGAAAGGAAAGCAGCUCUUAAAUGUAUAAGAGAAUUGAAAGGCAAAAAGAAGGACGACAGGCAACCUCUGUAUUGCAGAAUAUGCAAAGACAAAACCUUUACUGCCAGUGCUACUCUUAUGUACCAUUAUAGAAGUCAUGCAGGAAUAAAACCAUUUGUGUGCCUUAUCUGCAACACCACAUUUACAAGGCAGCACAGCUUGAAUUACCAUAUGCUUAUUCACAACAACCAAAGCAGGUUUACUUGCAAGGAUUGUGGACGAAAGUUCAGACAUCCCAGUCAUUUCAAGGAGCAUUUGAGGAGACACACUGGAGAAACACCAUUUGUGUGCACAGAUUGCCCACAAAGAUUCAAAACAAGAAAUACAUACAAAAGACACUUAAAAACCAGGCAUGGGAAACUCCUAACUGCUGAUGGAAUACGGUGGUUAAGUGUGGAGGAAUUUGCAAAAAUACGCACAAAACCGUACAGGCGAAGUCCAGAACGUCAGAGGAGAAAGAGUAAGGAACAAACAAUUCUUCCGUCUAGGAGGUCAAUUGAUGUUGAUGGUCAAUCUGACUCGGACAGUAGCACAAUCUCGGUUACAGGUGAUUUGGAUGAGUUAGUGGACAUUAAAUUGGAGAUGGACCAGCCUUUAGAUUUGGGGGAAAAUCAGGCUGACAUGUUGAAUGUAGUACAAGCAUCUGAAGACCAGGAUCAAAAGCCUAUUGUUGAUGAUCUUCGCAAAAUCAUUGUUCCAUUUGGAGUCAAUAUUGCUGUGAAUUCAUAGCAAGUGGACUUUCAACUUCGCUAAUUCAUGUUCAGGUAUAGAUCUGAAGAAAAAAAUGUUUACAAAAGAGUUGCCUUGUACAUAAUUAUAUGCUAUUGCAUUCAUAAUACAGAUCAUCGUUUAUGGGAGCAAACUUGAUUUUUUUUUUUAAAGAUCAUUUGAUAUGUACAUGUAUACUCAUUUUUGUACCACAUGCGGAAAUCUCAUUUGUACAGAUUAUAGUUCAGUUUAUCCAUGAUUGGAAAAGUAUUUUAAUCAUUUAAGCACUACAAUGAACUAAGAAUACAAAUGAACAGGACGUAAGAAAAAUCUCAGUAUAUCCAUAAUUCAUUACUGUUUACAGGGAAAUAUUCGCCCUUGUUUUAUUUUCACCCUUAUUGUCAGCGAACAAAUUUAAGACUGGGCGAAAUUGUUUUCUCUAGCUCUCUCUUAUCUCUCUUUUUACACAACUGUCUGGGUGAAUUUUGAAUAAAGCGCAACUCUGCAAACGUAGAGAGUUGAAAAAUAACACAGGGCGAAAAUAACCCUGUAUACAGUACAUCUUUUUCGUGGUGUGAUUAAACAUUAGGGCUAUUCCAGCAAAAAACAUAUGAGGGGAGGGACGGCAGCCGAUAUUUUUUUGGAUGGGUGGUGAUGAUUUGGGAAAAUAUAUUUGUAUGGGUGGUUGUCUUCCAGGUUAAAAAAAAAACAUGGGUGCCUGUGAAUUAUGAUAAAAAUGAAAACGUAUCACAUUGCGUUUCUUUCAUUACAAAAGAAGAAGAAAAGUGGAGCCAUCCUACAUUAAGUACGGAAAAAAGAUUGAUAAAUGGGCAGAUAACUCAAUGUUACCGUAAAACUUUCCCCUCCAAGGCGUUACCCAACCUAUUGUACCUGUCCUAAACGACCACCUGUCUAACGCAACCAACAACCAUGAGUUUUACAACCUUUUCGUGUAAUUUCACCUUUAUGAAACGACUGUACAUUUUUUCGAUUACAACGUGGUUCCUACUUUCGAUUUCAGUCGAGCAUGACUAUUCUGGAAAUUAUCGCCCCUAACACUUUCGUUUUAAAAUGCACAGGUAAUAAUUCGGCGGUCAUCUUGUUUAAUCGGCACUCUUGAAUCAAUAUAUUAUACCCAAGCUAUCAAUUGGUUAACGUGUAAUUAACAUACAGCGUCUUGUGAGGUUUAUUUAACAAAGUCAAGGAUCAGGGAAUCACGACCGUUGUUUCCGAAGGUGUGAAUUUCAACAGACUUUGAUAUGUGCGGGGUAAUUCGGAUAUGAAAUCUCCCACCUGGUACACCAUUACGUUUAACAGAGUGGAAAAUUUGCCUGAUUGCAAUAUAAAUCAGGUAAAUAUUAUGCUUGGGACUGACAUUUUAUAUAUAAUAUUCGCGAGUUUCCUGUACGAGAGAUUGUAGGGGGAAAGGUCAAAGGAAAAAAGUCACAAUAUAUAUUGCAUACACUUUGUAAUUUAGGGAAAUAUCUAUGUCUUGCACUGAAGUUGCGAGAAAACCUAACUCGUUGAAAUUUCUUCUCCGUUGCUUGCUUGAAUUUGUACACCGCUAUACAAUGCCAUUUUAUGUAUACAUAUUGUAACUGAUGUUAUACGACACAUGUAUUUUAAAAGCAAUAAAGAGAGUAACAAUAUAUGUGAAUUUAAAUUUAAAGUGGUAUAAUAUAUUCAUAUUUUAUUUAGUUGUAUAUCAAUAACUUCUUGUUAUUUCAACAAUUAACAAGUACCCAGAUCAUGACAUGAGUAAAAAGGACAUGCACAUCUAGCCCAGAAAUGAUAUGACAAAAUCCCAAAUCAUUAGUUUAGUGAAACUGUUUGUUUAUAAUAUAAAGCAAACAGAGCUAGGUUUCUACAACUCGCAUGUUUCCAGAGUAUACAAAAUUUUUGCAUUUUUUCUUUCAUUUUAUAUGCUGAGAUCAUCCUUUUUUCUCCCUACCAAAAUUGCAUUGGAAACCAAAAUAUGUAAAAAAAAAAAAAAAAAAAAAAAAAAAAAAUAAAUAAAUUCUGCAAUGAUUGCUACCUUCCUCUCCUGAUGAAACAACAAAGAAAGACACAUUUUAUUGUUUAUAUUUUUAUGCAUUUUUAAAAAUAUAAACUAGAAUUAAGUUCUAAAAUAUCAUAUGGUUGAUCCAUUUGUUACAUUAAAUGAAAAGUAUUGAAUUGUAUGGGUGGUGGUGGCAGGGGAGAAUCUGAUUGUAUAGGUGGUAGUAGCAGAGGAAAAUUUAAUUGUAUAGGUGGCUGUCUUAAAAAUAAAGUGCCCCCCCCCCCAUAUUUUUUUUGCUGGAAUAACCCUUACUAUUUACUAGCAGUUUUAAGACAAUGCAUUUUGUAUGUUACUUCUCUGAUGUGUGUUCUAAUUUUCUGAAGAUACAUGUAUAUCCUGAAAAAAUUUUUAUGAAAAGGGAAUUCUAUUGUCAAAUUCUCAAAAUAGUAGGUAAAAUAAAGAAUGUAUUGAAAAUAUAAAACAAUGCAAAUGAACACAUAUAGAUUAUAUUGUGUCACUGCAAAUUUAUAAGUCAUGGUUGUAUUGGUUUUAUGCCCUUGUAAUACAAACUUCCUAGACAUUGUUUUUCUUGUAUAAGCAGAUUUUUUUGUUCUAAGCCAUCUCAUUGUAACAGUAUAUUUUUAUGAAAGAAAUACCGGUACAUGUGUGAAGGGAUUGAGUUGGGACCUUGAAAUAAUGAUAAUUGGUACAUGAAUCUUGGUUUAUCAGUGCUUGUAAAUGAAGUCCACAAUAUUUCUGUAGUACAGCUUUGUUAGUUUACUGUUCAUCAUAUAUAUAUAUUCAUAGUAUUAAAUGCUUUGUACAGUAAAGAGUAAUUUUUUUAGUCAUUCACUGUUAAUUUUCAUUUAGGGAGUUUCUUCUUACUGCAAAAGUUGAAAAUGGUACUUUUAAUGAAAUCUUAGAUCGAAGUUCAUGUGGAUUUGGAAAUAAUCUUAAAGUUGGUGAAUUAAAUUAAGGAUGUACCCAGAAAUUUGAUGAUAUGGGGGGGGCAGGCAAACAUGGAUGAUGUCAACUUUUCAGAGUUUAAUAUGAUGGAUCAGUGAUUUUUAGAUGUUUUAUUUAAAUAUUGCAUGAAUGACUUAAAAAGUUGCUUGGACACAAUGAUCUGAAUAUGCAUCACAGUUUAAGUGCAGAACGUUUACUUUUCAAUUUUUUGUGCACUAAUUAUUUAUCUGUAGGAAGGUAUGUGUGGUGCACCCAAUAUUUUGUUGAUUUAUGCUACAGUAGGAAAUUUACAAAACUUGAACGAAAAUGUCUUUUUGACUUGCUUUUGGUAGAAGAAAUCUACAGUAUAGUCCAAUUAGCAUUCAUGAAGUAAUGAGCAAUGUAUGAUUGCUUGAAUCCUCUAGAAACCGUAUUUCAAGACAUGCAGUGUUACAAAAAAUUGUUAUUUGGUCAUCUAUAGAGUUGCAAAUUCAUUGAAUACCUGUGAUUAUUUGCAACCCUGAUUCAACAUCAUAGAAACUGAGUGAUCAAUUUCAAAAUAUGUAAAAGACUUGAGUGAUUUCUCUGAAUUAGGUGGUGACUUGUGUAAUUGAUGCUGAAAUAUUGGGAUUAUCCAUCAAGUUUGUUUUAUCAUUAUUGCAUUAUGUGUUGAUAUUAUAGUUCACAGCUUGUUCUGUUUUCAUACAUACUGUAGAUCACUUAUAUUAGGAAAGACCUUAUUCUCACAAGGAUACAGUGAUGUACAGAUAUAUAGUCACCAAAGAUAACUUUUGCAAAUCCUUAUUGCUAAAGAUCUUAAUUAGUUUCACAAAAUUAGGCAUAAAAAAAAUGUUAAAUUCUCCUAAAUAAAAUGUGAUUUGCAUUAUACAAAUUUUUCUGCAUAAUCCCAGAAAUAUGGUAUUACUUGGCAUACUUUAAUUUCUUGGCCAGUAUUCAAUUGUACAAAUUUUAUUUGUGGAAAUCCCAUUUACAUGUGCUUGUGUAAUACAUAACUUUCGGUAUAUGUACUAGAUAUAAUCAACUUUGAAUAAAAAAAACCCAUAAUGUAUGCACAUUAUUACUACUGUACUUUUGAUGCCGCUAUUAAGCUUCAUAAGAGAUUUAGUAUGUAAUGAGUGACAAAUUAGCAAUGAAUAAAAAAGACAAAGUUUCCUCUGAACAGUCAUGUAAGAAUUUUGUAAUGCUCACAGCUAGUGCCAUUCUUGAUGUAUUUAGUAAUAGCAGCAAGUCCCACAACUUGAGGGUUUUUUGGGUUGUUUUUUUCUUCCCCAUAUGUUCUGGAUGACCUCUUGCAAGCCAGAUUAAAUUGAACCGUUUUCGUAUGAUUGGUUGUUUUUUCUCUCUCUUGAUAGUUAAAAUAUCUGAGCGUACUGUUUUGUCCAUGAUAAAAUUAAUCCUACAUUGUCAAUCUUGUAAGUGUAUUUUUUUUUUAAAUUUUAGUUGUAUUUUGUUUUUAAGUAGAUUUAGAACCCAUAAAUUGUGUAUGAAUCCAGACUUUAUAGUAUGUAAGAUUCAUUGUUGAUAUUAGAUUGUUGCAAUUGAUUCGUAUAUUCCACAAUAUUAUCAGGGUUGUAAUACCGUGAAUGCAAGUGUUAAUAAAUUGUUACAUUUCGUACAUACAAUAA